AAUUUCCGUAGCCAAUAAGACACUGAGCUCUGGCAGAGGUAGCCAAUAGAUGACGGAAAGAGGAAGAGGGAGGACGCGCCAAUUCUCCUGCCCAAGCCUCGGCCCAACAAAAUGGCGUCGGCGUCGGCCUCGCUUUGUUUCCGUGGCUCUUGCAGCAGCAACAGCAGCAGCGGUAGCGGCCUCUGAGCUGGGAGGACGAUCCAGCACCAGCUGCGGUGACUACUAAGAUCCCAGUACUUUGCAUUCAGCCACUGGCGCCGAGGAGCGCAGAACGGUACCCAAGGGGUUGCCGAAGCCAAGCGGCCGUCCGAGCCCAAAACAUGACCGCUGAGCCCAUGAGGUAAAACGCAAGCCCUUGUCACGGGCCCCGGCGUUCUGCUCCCGGGCGCCUUCCACUCGAGUGGGGUGUUUGCAAAGACGUGCGCUAGGUGCCCUAGGCCCGCGCGCGGCUUCGCGGUCAGCGGCAUCGUUUUCCCUCUAGUUGUGAGCGGCCAUUGAGUGCUAGGAAUCGAACCGGGGUCCUCUGGAAGAGCAACCAGUGCUCUUAACUGCUGAACCAUCUCUCCAGCUGUCGACAGCUGCUGCUGCAGGGGUUUUAAGGCUUCACUCAAUCCGUCCUUGGCUUCCAGCAGCUUGUCAGAAGCUAUUUUAAGUACUCUGUUUCAGUGAAAGCAAGUUGAAUACAUUGGUGCAGAAGCUUCAUGACUUCUUAGCACAUUCAUCAGAAGAAUCUGAGGAAACGUGUUCUUCUCCACGGCUUGUCAUGAACCAAAGCACAGAUAAAAUCUGUGGUUCUGGACUUAAUUCUGAUAUGAUGGAAAAUAACAAGGAGGAGGGAGCUAGCACCUCAGAAAAGUCCAAAUCUUCAGGUUCAUCAAGGUCAAAGAGGAAACCUUCAAUUGUGACAAAAUAUGUAGAAUCUGAUGAUGAAAAACCCACGGAUGAGAAUGUAAAUGAAAAAGCUGCUACUGAAAAUUCAGAAAAUGACAUUACUAUGCAAAGCUUGCCAAAAGGUACAGUGAUUGUACAACCAGAGCCAGUGCUGAAUGAAGACAAAGAUGAUUUUAAAGGGCCUGAAUUUAGAAGCAGAAGUAAAAUGAAAACUGAAAAUCUCAAAAAACGCGGAGAAGACGGACUUCAUGGGAUCGUGAGCUGCACAGCUUGUGGACAGCAGGUCAAUCAUUUUCAAAAAGAUUCCAUUUAUAGACACCCUUCCCUCAAAGUCCUUAUCUGUAAGAACUGCUUUAAGUAUUAUAUGAGUGACGAUAUUAGCCGUGACUCAGAUGGAAUGGAUGAACAAUGUAGAUGGUGUGCAGAAGGUGGGAACUUGAUUUGUUGCGACUUUUGUCAUAACGCCUUCUGUAAGAAAUGCAUCCUGCGCAACCUUGGUCGAAAGGAGUUGUCUACAAUAAUGGAUGAAAACCAUCAGUGGUAUUGCUAUAUUUGUCAACCAGAGCCUCUAUUGGACUUGGUGACUGCGUGCAACAGCGUAUUUGAGAAUUUAGAACAGUUGUUGCAACAGAAUAAGAAGAAGAUAAAAGUUGACAGUGAAAAGACUAGUAAAGUCUGUGACCAAACAUCCAAAUUUUCUCCAAAGAAGAAUAGUUCUAGUUGUAAUGGAGAAGAAAAAAAAUUCGAGGAGUCCUGUUCUGGUUCUGUAACCUCCACUUCCUCAGCACUAACUGUGCCCAGAGAGAUGAUUAAGAAGACAAAAAAACUGAUUGAGACUACAUCCAACAUGAACUCCAGUUACAUUAAGUUUCUAAAACAGGCAGCAGAUAAUUCAGAAAUGACUUCUGCCAUGAAGUUACGUCAACUUAAGGCUUUUAAAUCUGUGUUGGCUGAUAUCAAGAAGGCUCAUCUUGCAUUAGAAGAAGAUUUGAAUUCAGAGAUCCAAGCUUUGGAUGCUGUACACAAAGAAAAAAAUACCAAAGAGCUUAAAAGCACAGAUUCUAAGUCUGAAACAAAAAUGCGAAAAGGGGAAAAAUCCUAUUCGACAGAAAAGAAAGAGUUUUUAAAGUUAGAUGCUAGAUCAUCAGUCAAGGCCAUAGAUGGUGAAGAGCAGAGAGCACACAAGAGUACUAGUGGGGAACAUAAGGGUUCAGGUAGGAAAGAUGGUUCUCAGUAUGAACCGACUAACGCUUCCGAGGAUUUAGAUAUGGAUAUUGUGUCUGUUCCUUCCUCGGUUCCAGAAGACAUUUUUGAUAGCCUUGAGAGUGCUAUGGAAGUUCAGAGUUCAGCUGAAUAUCAAGGAGACGGCAACAGUGGGACUGACCCAGAACUUGAGAGCUCCUCUGUAAAAUUAAAUGCUUCUUCAAAAGACGGCAGAGGAACUACUAAGUCAAAAGUCACAGCGAAAGUAAGAAAAGAAUUAUAUGUUAAACUUACCCCAGUUUCUCUUUCGAAUUCCCCAAUUAAAGGUGUUGACUAUCAGGAAGUCUCACAAGAGAAGAAUGGCCGUAAAAGUUCUGGGGUGGCCCGAAGCUCAGAGAAAUGUAGACCUAGAGAGGAAAUUAGUGAUAAUGAAAAUGAUGUCGCAAUACUUUUAGAAGACUCCGAUCUUCGAAGAUCCCCACGUGUAAAAACUACACCGUUGAGGCGACAGACAGAAACCAACCCUGCAAUGUCGAAUUCAGAUGAAGAAAGUAAUGGAACUGUGAAGGAGAAACAAAAGCUGUCAGGUUCAAUAAGAAAAAAGGAUAAGCGAAACUCACCUGACUGUGCUACUGAUAAUCCCAAACCUCAUAAGGUACCCAAAGCUAAGCAACCAGCAAUUGGGGAUCAGAAUUCAGAUUCUGAUGAAAUGCUAGCAGUCCUCAAAGAGGCAAGUCAGAUGGAUCAUAGUUCUUCCUCAGACACUGACAUUAGUGAACCACAGAUUAAUCAUAAAAGUAAAACAGGGAAAGAUGAUAAUGGAAAAAGGAAACGGAAAAAUUCUACUUCCGGGUCAGAUUUUGACACUAAAAAAGGAAAAUCAACUGAAACCUCUACUAUCUCUAAAAAGAAACGCCAAAACUACUCAGAGUCCUCUAACUAUGACUCAGAGUUAGAAAGAGAGAUAAAAACCAUGAGCAGAAUUGGGGCUGCCAGAAAAAGUGUUUCAGAUAAAAAAGAAGAGGACUCUUCUGAAGAUGAAAAACAAAGCAAAAAAGGAGUGGAUAAUAGAGGGCAUGAGAGGGCAAAGACAGCACAAGAAGGGUCAUCUGCUGAUGACACUGGUGACACUGAAGGCAGGCAGGGAGGGAGUUGUUCCAUAGCAGAAGGUUCCAUUGAGAAAGUCAGGAGUGAAGUGGAAUUCCGAGAGAUGCUUUGUAAACCUGGUGUUUCCUCUGAUGGUGCUGAAAAGCCUUCAGUGAAAGAGCAGAAUGUGAUCUCCCCCGAAGACAAAAGAGUUACUAAAACUAAAGAAAAGACUAAACAUCUGAGAAGCAGACCAGGUAGAAAAGUAAAGAGUGGAUCGUCUGAUGGCGCUGAUAGAUUUCCAAAGGAAGAGCGGAGUGAUGAGUCUUCUGAAGGCGAAAAGAAGCAGAGCAGACAGAGACCUGGAACUAAAGGAAAGAAAGCUCCAGAUUUAAAGAGAGAAACAGUGAAGAGAGAGCAGGAGUGUGAGUCUUCCUCUGAUGGGACUGAGAGAUUGCCAGAGGGAGAAGAAAUUGGUCCUUUUUCUAAAGGCAUAAAGCAAAGUAAAACUGACACAGCCGAUGGAGAAAAGAAAGGCAAAAAAUGGAAAGAUAAAUCAUGUGAGAAGAAGGAAGAAUUAUCUGAUAGUGUUGAUAAAUCGCCAGGAAAAGGAGAUAGUUGUGACUCUUCUGAAGAUAAGAAGACCAGGAAUAGACUGUCUUUGAGAGAGAAGAAACAAUUCAGCUUGCCUGCAAAGAGUUCAGGGAAGAGGCCAGAAUGUUCAUCCUCGGAUACUGAGAAAUCCUUGAAAGGAGAGCGUUGUGACUCCACUGAAAAGAGACCGAGAAGAAUUGACUUGAGAGAAAGAAGAAACUCCAAUUCAAAGAGAAACACCAAGGAAGUCAAGAGUGCUUCAUCCUCUUCUGAUGCUGAGGGAAGCUCAGAAGACAAUAAAAAGCAGAAGAAACAAAGAACUUCAGCCAAAAAGAAGCCCGGCAAUACGAAGGAGAAAAAAAGAAACUCCUUAAGAGCAACUCCUAAAAGGAAGCAAGCAGACAUUACUUCUUCAUCUUCUGAUAUAGGAGACGAUGAUCAGAAUUCUGCAGGCGAGGAAAGCAGCGAUGAGCAGAAAAUCAAACCCGUGACUGAAAAUCUAGUGUUGCCUUCACACACUGGAUUUUGUCAAUCUUCAGGAGAUGAAGCCUUAUCUAAAUCAGUGCCCGUCACAGUGGAUGAUGAUGACGACGACAAUGAUCCUGAGAAUAGAAUUGCCAAGAAGAUGCUUUUAGAAGAAAUUAAAGCCAAUCUUUCCUCUGAUGAGGAUGGAUCUUCAGAUGAUGAACCUGAUGGAGGAGAGAAAAAAAGAAUUGGGAAACAGAGUGAAGAAUCUCCAGGAGGUGAUGGUGAGCUGCCCAGAGAGCAGUUAGCCCCGAAUCAAGUCAAUUCUGAAUCAGAUUCAGACUCUGAAGAAUCUAAGAAGCCAAGAUAUAGACAUAGGCUUUUGAGGCAUAAACUGACUUUGAGUGAUGGAGAAUCUGGAGAAGAAAAAACGACCAAGCCUAAAGAGCAUAAAGAAGCCAAAACAAGAAAUAGAAGGAAGGUGAGCAGUGAGGACUCAGAAGACACUGACUUUCAGGAGUCGGGAGUUAGUGAAGAAGUCAGUGAAUCUGAGGAUGAACAGCGGCCUAGAACACGGUCUGCAAAGAAAGCAGAAUUGGAAGAAAAUCAGCGGAGCUAUAAACAAAAGAAGAAAAGACGGCGCAUUAAGGUUCAAGAGGAUUCCUCCAGUGAAAAUAAGAGCCAUUCUGAGGAAGAAAAAAAGGACGGUGAUGAUGAGGAUGAGGAUGAGGACGAGGAGGAGGAAGAUGAAAAUGAUGAUUCUAAGUCACCUGGAAAAGGCAGAAAGAAAAUUCGGAAGAUUCUUAAAGAUGAUAAACUAAGAACAGAAACACAGAAUGCCCUUAAAGAAGAGGAAGAAAGGCGAAAACGUAUUGCAGAGAGGGAACGUGAAAGAGAGAAAUUAAGAGAGGUGAUAGAAAUUGAGGAUGCUUCACCUACUAAGUGUCCAAUAACAACCAAAUUGGUUUUAGAUGAAGAUGAAGAAACCAAAGAACCGUUAGUGCAGGUUCAUAGAAACAUGGUUAUAAAAUUGAAACCCCAUCAAGUAGAUGGUGUUCAGUUUAUGUGGGAUUGCUGCUGUGAGUCUGUGAAAAAGACAAAGAAAUCUCCAGGUUCAGGAUGUAUUCUUGCCCACUGCAUGGGCCUUGGUAAGACCCUCCAGGUGGUCAGUUUUCUUCAUACAGUUCUUUUGUGUGACAAAUUGGAUUUCAGUACAGCUUUAGUGGUUUGUCCUCUUAACACUGCUUUGAAUUGGAUGAAUGAAUUUGAGAAAUGGCAGGAGGGAUUAAAUGAUGGUGAAAAACUUGAGGUCUCUGAGUUAGCAACUGUGAAACGUCCUCAGGAGAGAAGUUAUAUGCUACAGAGAUGGCAAGAAGAUGGUGGUGUUAUGAUCAUAGGGUAUGAAAUGUACAGAAAUCUUGCUCAAGGAAGGAAUGUGAAGAGUCGGAAACUUAAAGAAAUAUUUAAUAAAGCUUUAGUUGACCCAGGCCCUGAUUUUGUUGUUUGUGAUGAAGGCCAUAUUCUAAAAAAUGAAGCAUCUGCUGUUUCAAAAGCAAUGAACUCUAUAAAAUCGAGGAGGAGGAUUAUUUUAACAGGAACACCACUUCAAAAUAACCUAAUUGAGUAUCAUUGCAUGGUUAACUUUAUCAAGGAAAAUUUGCUUGGAUCCAUCAAGGAAUUCAGGAAUAGAUUUAUAAAUCCAAUCCAAAAUGGACAGUGUGCAGAUUCUACCAUGGUAGAUGUGAGAGUGAUGAAAAAACGUGCUCAUAUUCUCUAUGAGAUGUUAGCCGGAUGUGUUCAGAGGAAGGAUUACACAGCGUUAACCAAGUUCUUGCCUCCAAAACAUGAGUAUGUGUUAGCUGUGAGAAUGACUGCUAUUCAGUGCAAGCUCUAUCAAUACUACUUAGAUCACUUAACAGGUGUAGGCAAUAGCACUGAAGGUGGAAGAGGAAAGGCAGGUGCAAAGCUCUUUCAAGAUUUCCAGAUGUUAAGUAGAAUCUGGACUCAUCCUUGGUGUUUGCAACUGGACUAUAUUAGCAAAGAAAAUAAGGGUUAUUUUGAUGAAGAUAGUAUGGAUGAAUUUAUAGCUUCAGAUUCUGAUGAAACCUCUAUGAGUUUAAGCUCAGAUGAGUAUGCAAAAAAGAAGAAAGCAAAGGGGAAGAAGGGGAAGAAGGACAGCAGCUCAAGCGGAAGUGGCAGUGACAAUGAUGUUGAAGUCAUCAAAGUCUGGAAUUCAAGAUCUAGAGGAGGUGGAGAUGGCAAUGUGGAUGACACAGGAAAUAACCCUUCAGUUUCUCUGAAGCUAGAUGAAAGUAAAACUACUUCCACUUCUAAUCCAAGUAGCCCAGCUCCAGAUUGGUACAAAGAUUUUGUUACAGAUACUGAUGCUGAGGUUUUAGAACAUUCUGGAAAAAUGGUACUUCUUUUUGAAAUUCUUCGAAUGGCAGAAGAAAUUGGGGAUAAAGUUCUUGUUUUUAGCCAGUCGCUCAUAUCUCUGGACUUGAUUGAAGAUUUUCUUGAAUUGGCUAGUAGGGAGAAAACAGAAGAUAAAGAUAAACCUCUUAUUUAUAAAGGUGAAGGAAAGUGGCUCCGAAAUAUUGACUAUUACCGCUUGGAUGGUUCUACUAAUGCACAGUCAAGGAAGAAGUGGGCUGAAGAAUUUAAUGAUGAAACCAAUGUGAGAGGGCGAUUGUUUAUCAUUUCCACUAAAGCAGGAUCUCUUGGAAUUAACCUGGUAGCUGCUAAUAGAGUGAUUAUAUUUGAUGCUUCUUGGAAUCCAUCUUAUGACAUCCAGAGUAUAUUCAGAGUUUAUCGCUUUGGACAAACUAAACCUGUUUAUGUAUAUAGGUUCUUAGCUCAGGGAACCAUGGAAGAUAAGAUUUACGAUCGUCAGGUAACAAAGCAGUCACUAUCUUUCCGAGUUGUUGAUCAACAGCAGGUUGAGCGCCAUUUUACCAUGAAUGAGCUUACUGAACUUUAUACGUUUGAGCCAGACUUAUUAGAUGACCCUAAUUCAGAAAAGAAGAAGAAAAGAGAUACCCCCAUGCUGCCGAAGGAUACCAUACUUGCAGAACUUCUUCAGAUACAUAAAGAGCACAUUGUAGGAUAUCAUGAACAUGAUUCUCUUUUGGACCACAAAGAAGAAGAAGAACUGACUGAAGAAGAAAGAAAAGCAGCUUGGGCUGAAUAUGAAGCAGAAAAGAAGGGACUGACCAUGCGUUUCAACAUACCAACUGGGACCAAUUUACCCCCUGUCACUUUCACCUCUCAAACUCCUUAUAUUCCUUUCAAUUUGGGAGCCCUGUCUGCAAUGAGUAACCAGCAGCUGGAGGACCUUAUUAAUCAAGGAAGAGAAAAAGUUGUAGAAGCCACGAACAGUGUGACGGCAGUGAGGAUUCAGCCUCUUGAAGACAUCAUUUCAACUGUAUGGAAAGAAAACAUGAAUCUGUCUGAGGCCCAAGUACAAGCACUAGCAUUAAGUAGACAAGCCAGCCAGGAGCUUGACGUGAAACGGAGAGAAGCAAUCUACAACGAUGUAUUGACAAAGCAACAGAUGUUGAUCAGCUGUGUUCAGCGAAUACUUAUGAAUAGACGGCUCCAGCAGCAGUACAGUCAGCAGCAGCAGCAACAAUUGACUUAUCAGCAAGCAACACUGAGUCACCUCAUGAUGCCAAAGCCUCCAAAUUUAAUCAUGACUCCUUCUAACUACCAGCAGAUUGAUAUGAGAGGAAUGUAUCAGUCAGUGGCUGGUGGUAUGCAGCCACCACCAUUACAGCGUGCACCGCCCCCCCCAAUGAGAAGCAAAAAUCCAGGACCUUCCCCAGGGAAAUCAAUGUGAUUUUGCACUAAAAGUUUAAAGGAUUAUUAAAAUCAUAGAAAGAUCUUUUAUUUUUUUAGGAAUCAAUGACUUAACAGAACUCAACUGUAUAAAUAGUUUGGACCCCUUAAAUGCCAAUCUUCCAUAUUAGUUGAAAUUUUUUUUAACUAGGGCAUACCAUUUCUCUCUGACAUGUGUCAGUGAAGUUGCCUACAAUCUUCUUACACACAUUGAGUACAGAAGAUAUUUCAAAUUGUUUUCAGUGAAAACAAAUCCUUCCAUAACAGUAACAGUUCCACAGAUUUCCUCUCUAAAUUUUUAUGCCUGCUUUUAGCAACCAUGAAAUUGUCAUAAAAUUAAUAAAUUUAGAAAUUAAUAAAGAUUUAUAUAUCCGUUCUU